CCGUGAAUUCUUAAUGACGCUGGCUCUCUCUCUCUCUCUCUCAUCCCUCUUCUUCUAUUUCUUCACUAUUCUUGUCGUCUUUAUUUCUCCCCUUUCUCUGUCUUUAGUACCUAUUUCACUCUCUGUGUUUGUGAGUUCUCCACGCUUUUAAAGUUUUAAUUUUGGGGCUAAUAGUCUCUCUCUCUAUCUCUUCCCUUCUCCUUAAUCCCCCAAACGUUUCUGCUCUGUUCUUUUCUUGGGACACUGUUGUUGUUGUUUCAGAAGUGUCUCUUCUUGUUUUAAUUAAGGAAUCAAAUUUCCUUCUUUGGACCAUUGGUCUUGUCAUUAUGAACACUCAUACACUUAUAUUCUUCAAGAUCACUGCACCCUUUUAAGUUUCUUCUCCAAAGUUUGAAUCUUUAAUCAGUAGUAAUAAUAGUUAGUCAUGGUGGGCAAUAACGACAUCAACGCUAGUGAAUCUAAGAGGGUGGUUCCACUUAAUACAUGGAUUCUUAUAUCCAAUUUCAAACUGGCUUACAACAUGCUUAGACGGUCUGAUGGUACAUUUAACCGCGAUUUAGCUGAGUUCUUGGAACGGAAAGUACCUGCAAAUUCAAUUCCAGUUGAUGGUGUUUACUCAUUUGAUGUGGUUGAUCGCUCUACAAGCUUGCUUAACCGUGUCUAUAAACCUGCCCCGAAAAAUGAGUCUGAUUGGGGUAAAAUUGAGCUUGAUAAACCUUUGAGUACUACAGAAAUUGUUCCUGUUAUUAUUUUCUACCAUGGUGGAAGUUUUACUCAUUCAUCAGCUAAUAGUGCUAUAUAUGACACAUUUUGUCGUCGCCUUGUUAGCAUUUGCAAGGCUGUUGUUGUAUCUGUGAAUUAUCGACGAUCACCUGAGAAUCGUUAUCCUUGUGCUUAUGAUGAUGGAUGGGCUGCUCUUAAAUGGGUCCAAUCUAGGCCAUGGCUUCAAAGUGGAAAGGAUUUAAAAGUUCAUGUAUAUAUGGCUGGUGAUAGUUCUGGUGGUAAUAUUGCUCAUCAUGUUGCUGUUCAGGCUGCUGAAUCCGGCGUCGAAGUAUUAGGAAAUAUCCUUCUUCAUCCAAUGUUUGGUGGGCAAAAACGGACCGAAUCAGAGAGUAGAUUGGAUGGGAAAUACUUUGUAACAGUUCAAGAUAGGGAUUGGUACUGGAGGGCAUAUCUACCAGAAGGGGAAGAUAGGGACCAUCCAGCUUGUAAUAUAUUUGGCCCUAGAGGUACAACUCUUGAAGGACUUAACUUUCCAAAGAGUUUAGUCGUUGUAGCCGGGUUGGAUCUUGUUCAAGAUUGGCAAUUGACUUAUGUUGAAGGGUUACGAAAAUCAGGGCACCAAGUGAAUCUAUUAUAUCUAAAGCAGGCAACAAUAGGUUUCUAUUUCUUGCCUAAUAACGAUCAUUUUCGUUGCCUAAUGGAGGAGAUAACAAGCUUCAUCCAUCCUAACCAUUCAUAGACUUAACUUCAACUACAGGCAGCUAUCUAUAUAUAACAGAAGCUUGACAUCUCACUCGAUCGGAUUAUUUUUUCCCUCCUCUGUAGUGAAUAUAAUGGUGUGUAGUUAGUUAUAUAUAUAUAUAUAUAUGAUUUGUGUAGAAUUGCUUCUCAGUGUUACUUGUCAACAUAGUACAUUGUUGAUAAGAGUGUUCACCCUAGUGGUUGUCAUCCAGCAUUUGAAGACUACUAAGUAUCUCGUCGGCCUUUCAGGUGGGUGCCUGAGAUAUGUUACUUGUCGAAUUGUCUCCAGGUAUGUAAGGAGGAUGUAGUAUUGAUAAGAGAGUAAUUUUCUGGUAGUGUCUCUGUUGUUACUGCCACUAAAAGAAACUAAUUUCAGAACAUGGAUUGGAAAAUUCAUGAUGUUGUGGUCUUACUUUGUAUGUUAUAGUUGUGGUUCAGAAAAUAUACAUAAGAUUUUGUUUUGUUAA